GGGAACUGAUGCGUGGCGCAACAAACACUUUUCGGAAGGAAUAAGCGCGUGAAGCCCCGGAGCUGUUCCGGAGCUCCUCCUAGGUGUGAAAGGAAUACAACUUAUAUUGAAAAACGGAACAGAUCCCACAUUCAAAUCCAACAGGUGUCAAUUUGUCAUUAGCGUCAUUUAAAUUUAAAAGUUUUGCUUUUAUUUAUUUAUUAUUUUCACUUUUUCUGUCAAUAUUUAUUGUUUUGGUUUUCUAUUUGCCUAACAAACUUAGUUAAUGCAAUAAUUGUGUGUGCUCCAGUUUCGUGAAAAUUAAUAUAACAAUACCACCGUUCCUUACAUAAAAUGUCUCCAGAAAUUAAUGGAAACCCGCCAAGUGUUACGAAACGUAAGAAAAACCGCGACAAAAAAUCUACAGCCACAGGGGUCACGCAUAGUUUUGAUUUGAAUAUGCCCAGUUGCAAUUAUUUCCCUAUGAACCAGCAUCAUUAUCCUAAUUUUAAUAUACCGGAAAUGACCAGCAAUAAUGCUUAUUACCCAUUUGUGAACUAUACAAAUCCUACUGAACCAAUGUCUCUUCCUAUUUAUCCAAUGAAUUAUCCUGGAUAUAGUUGCAUGGGAAGCAUGGGUAACAUUUCCAGACACUCGACUUUAUCGAAUCAUACAUUUAAUAUUACAUCGGAGCUCCCCGAUUACAUGAGCUUGCCUGUAGUGAAUAUUGACCAGAAUGAAGAAUCCAAACGCAGAUUCUCAGAUCCUGGACUCCCAAACGACAGCAGCGAUUCCUGCUCCAACUCGUGCGAUGGAAGGAUAGUGCAAAAAUUAACACAUCAAAUACACUCUUUAAGAGACAGCAAUAACCGAUUAACCAGAGAAGUAAUGGAAUUGAGGAUUGAAUUGAAUUUAUUGAAGCAACAGCAAACUAGCAGGCAUUACGAUCGGGAAUAUGAACCAGGAAUGUUGGCUGACGUUAUAAGGGAAGUUAGAGAGGCUGCUAGAGUUAGGGAGGAUGCUUUAUUGGCUAGGGUGAAGCAUAUCAUGGAGGAGAAACAUUUGAGUGUGAGUCAGUUGAAUGUAAGUUCGGAGAAGAAUAGAAAUAACGACAGAAUCUCAAAGCUUGAAGAACAGUUGAAAAGCCUCACUAUAUGUAAUAAUUCCAGAUCUGAUGACACCGUGAAUAUUCUCAAUUCGUCCACACUAUCCGGUAUAGAUGAGAAAAAUAAAUCUGCCCGGCAAGUUUUCGAUCUGGAAAUGGAAGCCUUGGAGUUGAGGAGGGAAUUGCAAGAUGCUCGGGCUAAGAAAGAGGAGGCUGAUCAGAAAGUCUUGCAAUUAUCAAAUAUGUUACGUAGGAGUGACGUUAAUACAUCCGAUCCUUCGGAAGAUGGUAAAACAUCAGUGGACAGUUUUUCGAUAAGUACCACUGCAUCUUCUACGACACCUAGGGUUAUUUUAACUGGACCUGUUACUAGUUUAUAAAUCAAACUAAAAAUAUUCUAUGAAUCUAACUGAGCAUUCCAAUUAAAGUGAAAUGAUCGGAGGUUGAGUCCUAAAAAUAAACGUUUUAGGUUAGAGUAGAUUGUAAUAAUUAUUGUUACAAAUGGGAUGUAGGUUUUGCAUACGUAGAAUAGAAUUUGGAAUUAUCAAGUUUCAAUGCUCAUUUUGUAUAACAAAUUCACACAUAACUAACUAGUUUGGGAUGUUAUAUUGAGCGUAUUAUUUCACUAAAGCAAGUAGUUUAUGGUGCUAUUCAAAGGGUAAAUAAAGUUAGCAAUAAUUUAAAAUUUUACCGUCGCCAGGUGCCUUUUUAUCGUGUCUUGAAUAUUUAUAUAAAAAUGAUAGUAUACAUUGUAACAGUGCCUCUAUUUAGGAUUCAUUUGACAUUAACUUGAACUUGACUAUCUUGUUCAUUUGGACGUUAAAUUUUGAUUAAUAUCAGCUACACUGGAAUAGCUAAAGGUUUACUUAUUAAUGAUACACCUACAUAAUGAAAUAAUAAUUUAUUUUUAGGAAUAAAUGAUACAAUAAUUAUUAUUAUAUGUAUAAAUUAUUUAAAAGACAGCACUUUUUUUUAUAUAAUAUUUUUUAUUUUUAUUUUGACUGAUUUUUAUGCUGUUUUAAAUAUCAGAAUUUGGCUUUAUUGGUUCAAGCAAAGGCUCUUUGCCUACUAGAUUCGAAAUAGUAUCUGUGAAUUCGUAGCAAAGUCGAUGAGCGAAACUAGUAGUGCAAUAUAUGCAUCAUUUGCAAGUUUUGCGCAGCCUAAUGAAUUAUUCUAUCGAGCAAAUUGCUUUCAAGAUUAUUGCUGUUUUUCCAUUCAAAUUUGGAUUUUCAAGACCGUGGCUUAUGAAAAUAUCAACAGGAGAAAAUUGUAACUAUUUUGAAGAGAAUGAAUUUUGAAGUUGACUCGAUUUCGGAGAACAGCAAUCGACUUAAUUUUUCGUAUGUUUCUCUGUUCAAGAACUGUAUUAUUUUCUCAAUCUUUGAAUCCACGAUCUGCGUAAGAGCCAAAGAGUUUCGAAUUACCACGUUUAUGCGACUGAGGUUAGUUGGAAUUAUCCCAAAUUUUUUUUUUUUUUCAAGAUUUCUCCACACUCAAUUAUGUUAUUCAGAAUUCUUUCGGGAAGCACAAGGACAAAAUCGUUCUAUGGCUCCCAAAAUGUAGACUUGGAAAGUUUAACCGCAACACCGUAUUUGUGGAGCAAAAAGCUCAUACAUUUCUUCUGAAAUCUCCUCCAUAAUUGAUGUAAACAAUAAGUCUGACUGUGAAUAUAUGCAUUGACCCAAGUCAAUUAGCUCAUUGUGUUGGAUAAUCCAUAUUUUGAUGAGAUUUGGUUCUCCUGUCGGAUUUUGGAGAUUCUUUAUUGGAUUUCCAAAGGCAAUCUAGCAACGUUGGUGAAGCAAUGUACUACUGCGCUGCUAGUACAGAUCUCAGUAAAGAAUCUGAAACAAGGUAAGGUAAUGUUGGCAACGUUGUCUGAAAAACUCCAUGUUCCAAUUUCUCACGUUAUAUCGUGAUAUUUGGAUAUUACAUCUGCAUUAUGAAAAAUCUCGUUUCGGGUUUUGAUGCAACCGAUUCAUAAAAUGCGCAGUGGUCGCAUUGUCGCAUAAACUUGGUAGGUAUGUAAUUGAAAGAAAGUCUUGAUCAAAUCGAUUGGGAUUGCGCCGGUUUCUGCCAAUUAGGUGCUAGCUGACGUCUCACACAUAACCUCAAUGACAUGUUUGUCGCCCUAUCGAAAGUCACGUUAUGUCAUUGGUUACAAACUAGCGCCUGUGUGUUAAAUGGACCUUUCAAACGCUUUGUUUGUCCUCCCAACGGAAGUGAGGUUAUGUAUGUGACGUCAGCUAGUGCCUAAUUGAAUUUGCUAUUAGUUUUAUGUAGUAAGUAAUUGAAAUCGGCAUCCAAAUUAGUUAUUUUAACAUUUUGAUUUGACGUCGUGUGAGAGCAAAAUUCACCUAAUUUGAAAUAACUAAUUUGCCAAACAAUUGAUUAGUGUGUUGCCAAAAUAUAUAUUUUUUUAACUGUUAUUUGUCUAUUUUACUCUUCAAUUUUAACCUAACAGUUAAUUUUAUAACAAUAAAUAAUUAUCAAAUAAUAACCAUAAUACAAUAAUAAUUCAAAAUAGUAGAUAAAUUAUUCACACGUUGCACCUAUUGUAAUAGACAAAAGCAA